AAGGUGAAUGUUACAAUGAAGAGGCUGAUGUCUCUGUGUGGUGUUUUUUAGUCUUUGUCUUUUUUGCCUGAUUUGUGGGAACAGCCCCAACUGGGACAGAACAACAGCAACAACAACAAGAUGAACCGGCGAAGUGAAACGUGUCACAAUGGCAUAUCACCGGACCUCUUUCUCCACUGCUCACUCGUUCCAUCUUUUUUCAUCGUGGCUUUGCUUUCGUUUGCCCAGAGGAGAAGUAGGACGCAAAGUUUUGAGGAGAGGUUUCCAUACUUCAAAGGUCGUUUUGGCUUUGUUGUUCCUCUCGACUUCAUUGGGAGUUUAAGUAACAGAUGGUCGUACGGUUUUGCCUUCGGGGCCGUGGCUCCCAGCGUACUGCAGCUCUUCUCUGAGACUUACGCACCGUUCGCAGUGCCAGCCUGGGCUAAAGCCAUUGUGUACUUUGUGGGCGCGCUGGAGAUUGGCUUUGUCCAUCUACCGUUCUUCGCCUGUCUCUCCGCGUCUGACCGAAUACUCGGAGGAACCCUGGGUAUCCUUUACACACUCAUGUGGCUAAUUGUGAAACUGUGGGACACAGCAACCUGCCCUAGUGGUCCGGUAAUGGGUCAGAAUGAAAACAUCAUAUUCCGGUGGCCCUAUUUGCUGUGCCUGUCUUUUCUGUUAGGCCGGUUUGUGUACAUUCUGGUGAAGGCCAUCCGCAUUCGCCUACAGCUUUUGACUGAAGAGGACCAAGAGCAUCUGCUACAGUCUCAUCAGGCGAAAUACGUGCAAACUUUACUGAGAAAGCCCCCUGUAAGGCCUCCAGAGAAAAGCUGGUUCCAGAGAAACGUGUACGAGUGGGAUCCUUAUUUCAAGUUCCCCAACAGAAUGAUUGGCACCUCCAUAGUUGCUCUUGUCGGGCUGUACACGAUGACCUUGGCUGACUACAGUCUCAGUCAGUACACGUUUGAUAAGAUGGACAGAUAUGUGGAUUCUCUGAAAAACCUCGCCUGGUCCUGUAAUCAGACGGACAACCUGUUUGCUGUUUUGAUCCCUCAACUGGAAGAAUUUAGCGGCGUUGCUCGACAGUGUUGGUUUGCGACAACAAUCUUUGCCAGUUUGACCUCUGUGACCUACACGCUCCACGUAUUAGUUUGUUACAGGAAACACCUGAGGAGACUGUGGGCGGGGAAUAAGAAUUUUUUACCAGAGAAGUUUCAUAAUCCCAGUUCUGCCGUCAGUGUGGCUGCCAUAACAAGAUACUCGGGGUGGCAGAUCGCUUUUACUCUGUGGGGAUAUCUGAUUGUCCACUUUGUGCAGUUUCUGUUCGCGCUGGCAUUUGCGUAUGGAAUUGUCUUACCCAUUCAGAAAGGACAAAUACUGAACUGGCUGUCCACUGUUGGCACAAUACUGUUGACCAUCUUCAUUGUAAUUGCUCUCCUUGUCCUUCAAAUCAUGUUGGUCAAGAUGUUUUUUCUUCAAGACAAACUGUCACCUCAAGACAAAGAGAAACCUUUAGCGCUAAACAACAGAAAGGCCUUCCACAACUUCAACUACUUCUUCUUCUUCUAUAACGUCGUCAUGGGUCUGAGCAGCUGUGUGCUGCGUCUGUUAAACAGUUUUGUCGUGGGAACUUGGCUGGUGUCUCGCAUCGACCGAACCAUCAUGCAGAGGGGCUAUGAGUCCAUGGAUACUGGUUAUGGCACCUGGAUUGGCAUGAUUUUUGCAGACCAUUACCAUAGCAACCCCAUCAUGGUGUGUUUUUGUCAUUUAUUGCUGACUAAGACACUGAAAAAAGAACGAGGCAAUACAGACUCAUACUCCCAGUUUGACAACACAUCCACAGAGACAGUGGUGGGUGGCAGGGUCCGGAACCGCUGGUUCCUCUUCUACACUCUGCUCAGGAACCCUGUACUCAUUCUGCUGAGGAAGAAGAACAAUGACUCUCUCCAGGGCAAAGAGACCAUCAUCGCUGUAGCUAUGUCCAUGGCUGCCCAAGCCCAGAAACUGAAAAGCACAGAUACGGCCUCUCCUGCAGACCAAGAACCCGAACAACCUUCAUUUUGAGCUUUAACCUGUAAUCCUGUUACUGAAUCCAGGGCCGGAGGGUCCAACCUAGAAUGAAGUUUUCUUUCUGCUGUUUGACCACACCUCGCAAGGCACGGACAAUUAUGGGUAUUAGUUUUUGACACCAAAUAAUAAAAAGGGUUCACAGAAGAAGACUCCACAACAGACAGGCAGGUCUCUGUAUUGACCAAAUUAUGCACAGAGAUAGGAUUUUGACUUAAAAUGUGAAAGACAUUGUUUUAUGAUUAGAUUAACACAAAGAUUAUGAUGCAUUUCUGGCUACCUGGAAAAAAAACUGUUGCUGAACAUUAGAUAAUAUUAAACUUGUUAAAUGUGAGAAAACGUAGAUGAGGUCAUGAAAUGUAUAUACAUUUUGUACAAUAGAUCUAAUUUUUUUUUUAAAUAUUGUGAAUAAAAAUGACUUCCUAAGCAAAUUAAAUGUCGCCAAUUCCAACCAACACAAUUAACUUUUUAAAAAAAUAUAAGGGCAGAUACUUAUCAAUACAGACUGUCGAAGAGGAAUGUACUGUGACGCUGUAUUUCUACUUGCUGAUUAAAG